AAAGUGUAACAAAUUAUUUCAACUUUGAUUUUCUGAGCAUUAAUAAAGAAAAAAUAUACUAAAACGACAAGGGAUGGUGGUGUAUGUGUCAUUUAGUAAUCAUACGAUAAAAUGCUAAUUGAUCAAUGACAUGUUGUUUAAGGUAACACUCAAAAACGACAUGUCGUUUUUACGACUUGAUAGAAACGACAGCUCUAGAUUUGCGAGACCAGGGCAGGGCGAGGCCAACGCAAACGAACAACACAAAAUCAAAUCAAACCCAGCAAAUCCCUUUCCAGUUUCGUCGUUCUUCCCGGUGAGAACGACGGCACGAAAUGUACGGAUCCGAUAAAGUUUCCGACGAUUUAGAGCUAACCGCUUUCAGAAGAGCGGAGAAGAAGUACAAGCUCUACUAUGAUUCAACUCUCAAAAACAAAAAGAAAAAAGUGCCCAGAGAGGUGGAUUUAUCUGAGGUCCUUGAUUUCAAAUCCAUUCUACAGUCUUUCAAUACGAAGGGUCAGAUUCCUGCCGGAAUAGUGACUCUCGAAAACCAUUCCGGUCACCGACUGUUCUGCUUGGAAAAUUGUCCUGGGUUUUAUUUCAUUCCUGGGGCUUUGAGUGUAGAAGAACAAUGCAAGUGGAUAAAGGAGAGCUUGAUCAGUUUUCCUCAGCCUCCAAAUAGAACUAAUCAUAAUCCCUUUUAUGGGCCUAUGGAUAAUUUAUUUGUUGCAGCGAAGGAGAAGAAAGUUUUUGUUGAAGAAUUGUCUUCUUCUCCUGCUCCUAGUGUGGACUCUAGUUUGGAUCCUAAAAGAUGGAAACUUGUUGAGGAACAAGAAGUUUCUUCAAUAGGAAAGAGUUGCAAAACAAUUUCAGCUUCUGUUCUACUAAGGAAGCUGCGUUGGAGCACCCUUGGCCUGCAAUUUGAGUGGUCCAAGCGAAACUAUGAUGUGUCUCUUCCACACAACAAGAUCCCUGAUGCACUCUGUGGACUGGCUAAAAGAUUGGCUGCGCCUGCAAUGCCUUCUGGGGAAGAAUUUAAACCAGAAGCUGCAAUUGUCAACUACUUUGGUUUAGGUGAUACGCUUGGAGGUCACCUUGAUGACAUGGAAAAGGAUUGGAGUAAACCUAUAGUAAGCCUGAGUUUGGGCUGUAAAGCAAUUUUCCUUUUGGGUGGAAAGUGUAAAGAGGAUCCUCCAGUAGCAAUGUUCCUCCGAAGUGGUGAUGUUGUACUUAUGGCUGGAGAAGCAAGAGAAUGUUACCAUGGUGUGCCGCGAAUCUUCACAGACGAAGAAAAUGCUGAAAUUUCGGCUCUUGAAUUACACUUCUCGAAGGAAGAUAACUGUUUCUUAGACUACAUCCAGACUUCAAGAAUCAACAUUAAUAUUAGACAAGUGUUUUAAGUUUUGUUAUUUUGUCUCAUAAAAAAUUCAGGUCUUGAUAGAUCAACAGUUUUGGGGAAAAAAAAUUGACACUAAGCAAUCUUUCAUAAAUUACUACAAUUUUUAUGCUGAUUUAAUGUGAUCUGUUUGAAUUACUUUAGAUGCUAUGGUUGUACAAAGUGUAAUGGCUUGAAGUAUACUAACUAAUGUUUCCUAACAACGCAGUUAUUACAUUGGUUAAUGAGGAUUAUAAUACAUGAUGAUAAUGACAAUUAGUACAAUGUAAAAUCAUUAAUUUGUUAGUUUUCAAGGACAUGGUAUGAGUUUCAAAACCUGAACAACGAAACAAGUAAAUGUAUUUACUGAAGAAAAAGAAAAAUCAACAAAGUCCAAAACUGAAAUACAAAGUAGCAUUAACCAACGUGGGUUUUUAUUUAAUUCAUAAAGCUUCUAUGACCAUUUCCAUUUGCAUACAUAAUGGUGAGUCAAAACGGUAAUCACGUCAUUUUUGGGGGCGCCGUGCAUGAAAUAAACAUGGUUUGAAAGAGUAAAUACAGACUCAAUCUCCUCCAUCCAAAAUAUCCUACAAAAGAUCUAUUUGAGAAAUUGAUAUUUAUUUAUUUAUUUUGAAUAAUUAAUCUUUUAUCUUUUUCUCUCUUCAUUUUUCUUACUUUAAAAAAAAAAAUUUAAAGGAUAAGAUAUGAAAAUGUAUCCACUUCAUUUUUGUCACUCAGAAGAUAUUUCAAUACAAACAACUACAGAAUUACAAAACUCCAUACGAUGAUUGAAGAUUGAAUCAGGACCGUCCAAAUAAGAGGCUAAAAAAAAGAAAAGAAAACAAAGCACUUCUUUUCUUUCUUUCUACUAAAAUAAGUUUUGACUGUCUACAAUACUACAUUCCAAAAUUUCCGACCUCUUAAAUCUUGAGUUGUAUAACACCAUGCCACCAAUGCACGCGUCUACGUGUACAAUUCCACCACCACUUUUAUUGUCUUAUUCUUUUAUUUCUUUAUAUUUAUUUUUCGCUUCCACUCAAUAAAUAUUAAAUUAAAGAAAAAAAUCACCAAAACUCAAUAAAAUCUUUUUCUACAAUUUUCUCUCUUUCUUCUUCGUCUUAAUUGCUUAGAGUUAUCUUUCUAUCUCUCUUUGAAAAUCUCUUCCUUUUUCUUCAUCAAUCGAUAGAUAAUGGGUCCGAUUGUGUUGACACAGUUGGCAACUGGGCUUAGCGUGUUGGCCGGAGCAGCCUUGGUCAAAUCAGUGAUGGACCAGAACAACCCCAUGGCCGGCGGCUCAUUUCCGAGGUGUCCCAGCUGCAACGGAACCGGCCGAGUUUCCUGCUUUUGCUCGCGGUGGUCCGACGGAGAUGUCGGGUGUCGGACAUGUUCCGGGUCGGGUAGGAUGGCUUGUAACAGCUGCGGUGGUACGGGUACGGGUCGGCCCCUUCCGGCCCAGAUUACUGUUCGGCGUUCAAACACUCCGUCGUGAUGGGUUUGUUCUUAGAUUUCUUUAGUUCUCUAUAUACAAUCUAAUCUCCUCUUCCUCAUUUUUUUUAAAAUUAAUUCUGUAAUAUAUAAUUAAGCUGAUGAUACUUUGAGAGAGGCAGAGGAUGUGAGAGAUUUGCUAGGCUGUAAUGACCUCAAUUGUUGAAAUGGGACAAUAUCACACAUAUAUAUUAAUAUUUAGUGGUAAAUAUUGAAAA